AUGGCUGAAAGUAUUGUCACGUUUUUUCUAGAGAAGUUAACUGACCUGCUUUCCCAGGAAGCAUUUCUACUCAGCAGAGUAGAAGAGCAGGUGAAGCUGUUGAGUAACGAGCUCGAAUGGAUGCGCCUUUUUCUCAAAGACGCGGAUGCGAAGCGCAGAUAUGAUCCAAGAAUCAAGCUCUGGGUGAGUCAGAUCAGGGACGUAACCUAUGACGCCGAAGAUGUCAUCGACAGGUUCAUGUUCGAGAUGAAUCACCAACAGCAAGGAAGUCUCAAAUGCCUCAAGUUCCUUAAGUUACGAUUUGUUCACAAGCUCGAGUCUCGAAUCAGAGAGAUCAAUAUCAAGAUUGAGAAGAUCAUGGCUAACAAAUCAAGGUACGGUGUCGAAACCUUACCAGCUGCAAGCUCGUCCAACGAAGUUGUGCCACAUAAAGAGAGGAGGGCUCCGAUUGUGGAAGAAGUAAACGUGGUGGGAAUUCAAGAGGAUGCAAAAAGCGUUAAGCAAAAUCUGCUUAAUGGAGAGAUGCGGAGAGCUGUGGUGUCCAUCGUGGGCAUGGGUGGCUUGGGAAAGACUACCCUGGCUAAGAAAGUCUAUAAUGAUAAUGAUGUCCGGCAAUGCUUUGAUUGUCAUGCUUGGAUUUAUGUCUCUCAAGAGUAUACAAUCAGGGAGCUUUUGCUAGGCGUUGCUGUUUGUGUUAGGAUUCUCUCCGAAGAGGAAAGGAGUAAAAUGAACGAGAGCGAUUUGGGGAAUAGUCUUCGUGAUUACCUGACUACCAGGAAGUACUUGAUAGUUAUGGAUGAUAUGUGGAGAAAUGAAGCUUGGGAUAGGUUGGGCUUGUAUUUUCCUGACUCGGUGAAUGGCAGCAGAGUGUUGAUCACCUCACGCAAUAAAGAGAUUGGUCUUUAUGCUGAUCCACAAACCAUUCCCCAUGAACUUUCUUUUCUGACUGAAGAAGAGAGUUGGGAGCUCUUUCUCAAGAAAAUUUUUCUGGCUGGGAGUGCAAAUGCUGUUUGCCCAGAGAAUUGGAAGAAAGACUCAGAAAUCAGGACAGAUAAGUUGAUCCGCUUGUGGGUUGCAGAAGGGUUUAUACAAAGAAGAGGAGAAGAAAUAGCGGAAGACGUCACGGAAGAUCACUUACAGGAAUUGGUACAUAGAAGCAUGAUUCAAGUGGCUGCCAGGAGUUUCGAUGGAAGAGUGAUGUCCUGUCGCAUGCACGAUCUGCUUCGAGACCUUGCCAUUUCUGAGGCCAAAGAUACAAAUUUUUUUGAGGGAUAUGAAAGCAUUGAUUCUACAUCCCCUGAGAGAAUUUUAACCAUGCCGCACCUCAUGCCUUUCUCAGACCACACUUACCUUUACCAUCUAAGUUUAAGAGGAAGGCUCGAAAGGUUCCCUGAUGAAAUUGAAUUCUACCCUCCAAACCUCGUCUCCUUGGAAUUGGAAUGUUGGAAUAUAGAGCAAGACCCAAUGGUGACCCUAGAGAAGCUGCCAAACUUGAGAUUUCUCAGAUUAUUCCAUUGUUCCUCUAUGUUAAAGAAGAUGGUCUGUACUUCUGGAGGAUUCCAGCAACUCGAAACCCUUAAGCUCUGGAAUUUGAAAGAAUUAAAAGAAUUGAUUGCGGAGGAAGGGGCAAUGCCUGAUCUGAAGGAUUUAGUAAUUGAUACUUGCCCUAAAAUGAAAAGGCUUUCCCAUGGAUUGCUGCAACGAAAAAAUUUGCAGAACCUAAGUUUGUAUGAUUUGUCUCCUGAGUUAAUGGAUGAGCUUUCUCGGAUAGAAGGAGAUCUGGAGAAGAUCUGCCUCGCCACCUCAAUACACGGGUGGAGGCGUACGGCAUCUUGA